AUGGCAGCUGACCGUGAAAUAGCUGCUGAAGACAGCAUUAGAGUCGUAUGCCGAUUUCGGCCACUCAAUGACUCCGAAGAAAAAGCUGGAUCCAAAUUUAUUGUAAAAUUUCCUUCAGGACCUGACGACAAUUGCAUUUCUAUAGGGGGUAAAGUAUAUUUGUUUGACAAAGUAUUUAAACCAAAUGCGACUCAAGAGAAAGUCUACAAUGAAGCUGCCAAAAGCAUUGUAUCAGAUGUGCUUGCUGGUUACAACGGUACCAUUUUUGCGUAUGGGCAAACAAGCUCAGGAAAAACACAUACAAUGGAAGGUGUCAUAGGGGAUCCAGGAAAACAGGGUAUCAUACCACGCAUAGUCAACGAUAUAUUCAAUCAUAUUUAUGCAAUGGAAGAAAAUCUUGAAUUUCACAUUAAAGUUUCAUAUUUUGAAAUCUAUAUGGACAAAAUCCGAGAUUUAUUAGACGUUUCCAAAGUAAAUCUAAGUGUACAUGAGGACAAAAAUAGAGUUCCAUUUGUUAAAGGUGCUACAGAAAGAUUUGUUUCAAGUCCCGAAGAAGUGUUUGAGGUUAUAGAAGAAGGAAAAUCAAAUAGGCAUAUUGCUGUUACAAAUAUGAAUGAACACUCAUCUAGAUCUCAUUCAGUCUUCCUGAUUAACGUUAAACAAGAGAAUUUAGAAAACCAAAAGAAAUUAUCGGGAAAACUAUAUCUUGUGGAUUUGGCUGGUUCAGAAAAGGUGUCUAAAACCGGUGCUGAAGGUACUGUGCUCGAUGAAGCAAAGAAUAUUAACAAAUCACUAUCUGCCUUGGGUAAUGUUAUAUCUGCUUUGGCCGAUGGUAACAAAUCUCACAUACCAUACAGAGAUUCCAAGCUCACUCGUAUUCUUCAAGAGUCACUUGGUGGUAACGCAAGAACGACAAUAGUCAUUUGCUGCUCACCAGCAUCAUUCAAUGAGAGUGAAACGAAGAGUACAUUGGACUUUGGAAAAAGAGCAAAGACUGUCAAGAACGUUGUAUGUGUUAAUGAAGAACUUACUGCUGAAGAAUGGAAGCGGCGCUACGAAAGAGAGAAGGAGAAGGUGGCUCGGCUCAAAGGAAAGGUUGAAAAGUUGGAGGCUGAGGUUAACCGAUGGAGGUCUGGGGAAACUGUGCGACCUGAGGAACAAGUCAACUUGGUUGAAAUUGAUGCUGCCACCCCUGUCACAUCCUUCAUUGAGGAGAAACCCCCUGUUGCACCUGUACCAGUGGCUGUGUCUAGUGCUGUAGAGGACGCAGCGUUGCAGGCCAAGCUGGAAGCACUGUACCAACAGCUUGACGACAAAGAUGAGGAGAUUAACCAACACUCGCAGCUGGUGGAAAAACUCAAGGAGCAGAUGAUGGAACAGGAAGAACUCAUUGCUUGUACAAGGCGCGACUUUGAAGCACUUCAGGGUGACAUGAACCGCAUUCAACAAGAGAAUGAGGCAGCAAAGGAGGAAGUCAAGGAGGUACUGCAGGCCCUCGAAGAACUUGCUGUGAACUAUGACCAAAAGUCGCAAGAAGUUGAUAGCAAGAGUCGUGAAUGUGACCAGUUAUCUGAAGAACUACAGACUAAGCAGAGUUCUCUAACAACGGCCACAGCUGAACUUCAGCAGUUACGCGACCUUUCUGCGCAUCAGCGUAAACGCAUCGCCGAGCUGCUGACCAAUCUGUUGCGUGACUUGUCUGAAAUUGGUGCUGCUGUUGGUGGCUCCGAGCUGGACUUCAAACUCAACGUGGACACAGUAGGAAAACUGGAGGAAGAGUUCACAGUCGCCCGCUUACACAUCAGCAAAAUGAAGAGUGAAGUCAAGAAUAUUGUGCAACGUUGUCACUCACUUGAAACUGCGAACAUCGACGCGAAUCAGAAGAUUGAAGAGUACGAGCGAACAUUGGGCGAAUGCCGUUUGCUAAUCUCUCAACAUGAGGCGCGGUGCGCUUCUUUAGCAGAGUCGAUGCGAGAGGCGGAGAACAAGAAGCGACAGCUAGAGGAGGCGGCUGAUGCUUUGCGCGAAGAGUGUGCUCGUCUUCAGGCUGCGGAACGUGUGCAAUUGGCGGCGGCAGAACAGCGCGCCGACACGCAGGUGCGUGCUGCACUCGAAGCACAGCUGGAACAACUACGCGCUUCACAUGCUACGCAGCUAGCUGCUCUGCGAGAUGAACUCGCUGCGCUUCAAAGACAGCACCAGGAACUCAAGGACACCUACCAGGAACUCACCCUGGCGCGGCAGCAACUCCAAGACGACUACGACAAGCUGAAGCGGGAAGAAGCAGACAAGUCUGCCAAACUGAAGGAGCUCAUCCAAAGCGUGGAGCAACGCGAACAGGCUCGUGGCGACCUAAAAAGCUUGGAAGAUACUGUGGCUAAGGAGUUGCAGACUUUGCAUAACCUGCGAAAACUCUUCGUUCAAGACUUGCAGGCAAGGAUAAAGAAAUCGACAAAUUCGGAGGACGGUGGAGAAGAAGAGGGCGGGUCCCUCGCGCAGAAACAAAAGAUUUCAUUCCUCGAAAACAACUUGGAGCAACUUACGAAAGUUCACAAGCAGUUGGUGCGAGACAACGCGGACCUUCGCUGCGAGCUGCCUAAACUCGAAAAGAGGCUGCGCGCCACCAUGGAGAGGGUUAAGGCGCUUGAAACUACACUGAAGGAAGCUAAAGAGGGCGCAAUGCGCGACCGUAAGAGAUACCAGUUUGAAGUAGACCGAAUUAAAGAAGCCGUACGUGCAAAGAAUCUCGCGCGAAGAGGCGUGCAAGCACAAAUUGCGAAACCAAUCCGCGCUGGAGGCGGUCACCUUGUGGGCGGCGGCCUUGGCGUAGUCCGACCUGCGCCCACGCAAGAUAUCAAGCGGAAAUCCAUCAUUGUAGGCGCUAGAGACGAAAGUUGA